UUGCCGGCACCAGCAGCAGCUAUAUGAACGUCAUCUAGUGCUUGCUAUCAGAGAGGAAACACACUCAUUUAGCCAGCUGUUCUUCCUUCUCCGGCGCUUUAUCGCAAUUGAUCUCUGGAUGACAGCCAUGUUAGUGCACCGAUAUCAUGUCUGAUACCUUCUGGACCGUUCUCUCCAAUUUCUCCCUGCCGGAGAGAAGCAUGCUCCGCCGAUCUAAGAGCUGUCGGACCAGCAACAGGAAGAGCUUGAUAGUGACAUCCAGCACCUCUCCCACUCUGCCUCGCCCCCAUUCACCUCUGCACGGACACCCAGGAAGCAGCCCAUUGGACAGCCCACGUAAUUUCUCUCCAAACACUGCGGCCCACUUCUCUUUUGUGCCAGCUCGCAGCCAUGGACACAGGCCUGACAGGACGGAUGGUCGUCGCUGGUCUCUUGCCUCUCUGCCCUCCUCUGGCUAUGGAACCAACACCCCGAGCUCAACAGUCUCGUCAUCAUGUUCAUCUCAGGAGAAGCUGCACCAGUUGCCCUUCCAGCCCACUGCAGAUGAGCUGCAUUUCCUCACCAAACACUUCAGCUCGGAGAAUAUCACGGACGAGGAUGGGAGAAGAUCUCCAGCCAUGCGGCCGCGCUCCCGCAGUCUCAGGAUGUCCUGCGUUUCGUGGCAGAGGCGGCUGGAGGAAGAGGAGGUUCUUCAGCAGAUUUUAGAGCGCUGGGAGCAGAGCGCGGCUCAUGAGCGUUCAGAAAGUGGGGAGGUGACAUUUGUCACCCAGCUGGUUAAAAAGCUGAUGAUAAUCAUCGCCCGUCCCGCCCGUCUGCUGGAGUGUUUGGAGUUUGAUCCAGAAGAGUUCUACCACCUGUUAGAGGCUGCUGAAGGUCAUGCUAAAGAAGGUCAGGGCAUCAAGUCUGACAUCCCUCGAUACAUCAUCAGCCAGCUGGGCCUCACCAGGGACCCCCUUGAGGAAAUGGCCCAGCUGAGCAGCUAUGACAGUGGUAACCCUGAAACGCCAGAGACAGAGACAGAUUCCACAGACAGUCGAGGAGCCACCGUACAACCACUCCAGCCUCAGCCUCAACCCAAAACUAAAACUCCACGUGAGGAAGACUUCGAGACCAUUAAACUCAUCAGUAAUGGAGCCUAUGGGGCUGUGUUUCUGGUGAGGCAUAAGGAGACCCGUCAGCGAUUUGCCAUGAAGAAGAUCAACAAGCAGAACCUGAUCCUGCGAAACCAGAUCCAGCAGGCCUUUGUGGAAAGAGACAUCCUGACAUUUGCAGAGAACCCUUUUGUUGUCAGCAUGUUCUGCUCUUUUGAGACAAGGAGACAUCUUUGCAUGGUUAUGGAGUAUGUGGAGGGUGGGGACUGUGCCACUUUGCUGAAGCACAUUGGGGCUCUGCCUGUGGACAUGGCACGCAUGUACUUUGCUGAGACUGUUCUAGCACUGGAAUACCUUCAUAAUUACGGCAUCGUGCACAGAGACCUGAAACCUGACAAUCUCCUGAUUACUUCAAUGGGACACAUCAAACUGACAGAUUUCGGCCUGUCCAAGAUUGGUUUAAUGAGCUUAACAACCAAUCUAUAUGAGGGCCACAUUGAAAAAGACACCCGAGAAUUUCUGGACAAACAGGUGUGUGGUACUCCUGAAUACAUAGCGCCUGAGGUCAUUCUGAGGCAGGGCUAUGGAAAGCCAGUGGACUGGUGGGCCAUGGGAGUCAUCUUGUAUGAGUUUCUCGUGGGAUGUGCUCCCUUUUUUGGGGAUACACCUGAGGAACUGUUUGGACAAGUCAUCAGUGAUGAGAUAAUCUGGCCAGAAGGUGAUGAAGCUUUGCCUCUAGAUGCUCAAGAUCUCAUCUCCAAACUACUGCGGCAAAACCCUCUGGAGCGUCUGGGAACAGGGAGUGCGUUUGAGGUGAAACAGCACCGUUUCUUUACUGAUCUGGACUGGAACAGUCUCCUGAGGCAGAAGGCAGAGUUCAUUCCUCAGCUGGAGUCGGAGGAUGACACUAGCUACUUUGACACACGCUCAGAUCGGUAUCAUCACGUGGACUCGGAGGAAGAGGAUGACACAAAUGAUGAUGACCAUCUGGAGAUCCGUCAGUUUUCCUCUUGUUCACCACGAUUCAGCAAGGUAUAUAGUAGUAUGGAGCGUCUUUCCUUGCAUGAGGAGAAGCGCACCCCUCCUCCCACUAAGCGCAGUCUUAGUGAAGAGGGAGGAGAGCGUAUCGAUAGUCUCAGUGGCCUAAAGUCUCGAGACCGGAGCUGGCUAGUGGGCUCACCUGAGAUCCUAAGGAAGCGACUCUCUGUUUCCGAGUCAUCUCACACUGAGAGCGACUCCAGCCCGCCUCUGACUGUACGUCGGCGCUGCUGCUCGGCCAUCAUCGAAAUGCCUCGAUUCGCCAUUUCCAGUGAAGAGGAUGGUGGUGUGGGGGGCAGGAAGACCACUGUGAGGGGCCCUCGUGGGGAAGAUCUGCCUCAGGCUAUACCAGAGCUCCCUGUGGAGAGAGAGCUCAGGCUGGAUGAAUCGCCAACCACACCAGGCUCCACUUCCAGCCAGAUCAGCCAAUCUACAGUCACACCUGGUAGUUCUGGUGACGUGUUGGAUCGAGCUUCUCGCUACAGUGCUGAAGGAUCUGAAAACUCUACUCCUAAAGCCAUCAGUGAUUUGGCAGCUCGUAGAGCUCGCCACAGACUGCUGUCAGGAGAUACAGAGAAACACACAUCACGCCCACUUAACAAAGUUAUCAAGUCAGCUUCAGCGACUACCCUCUCACUUAUGAUCCCUGCUGGUAAGUCAACAGUCACAAUGAUCCUUGUGAUUUUGCCAUGCAAAAAUUGUUCUUUUACAGAAGUUGUAGAGCUCAUUCUCAAGAGUGGCAGUAAGGUGUCCAUUUCUGCUACGCCCUUUGAGAAUACAUCUAUUAAAGUUGGCCCUGCACGCAAAACCAGCCACAAGUCCAAAAUGGCCCGGCGCAACAAAAAAACCAAAACCAGAGAAGGACAAGACAGUAAGAAGAGAAACUCCCUGUUUCGUAAGAUCACCAAGCAGGCGACCCUUCUCCACACCAGUCGUAGCCUGUCCUCUCUGAACCGCUCAGUCUCAUCAGGUGAAAGUGUCCCAGGGUCUCCCACACACAUGUCCCCUCGUUCACCCACACAGGGCUGUCGUUCCACACCCGACUCUGCCCAUUCAGUUGGUGCGAACUCAUCCCAAAGUAGCUCACCUAGCUCCAGUGUGCCAAACUCUCCUGCCAGUUCUGGUCAGAUCAGACCCAGCUCCUUGCAUGGUCUGGCUCCCAAACUACAGCGCCAGUACCGCUCCCCCCGCCGAAAGUCAGCAGGCAAUAUCCCAUUAUCCCCUCUGGCUCGUACACCAUCACCCACCCCUCAGAGCACCUCCCCACAGCGUUCUCCUUCACCCCUGCCAAGCCACUCACUCAUCACUUCUUCAAUAGGCCAGUCUUUCCCUGUCAAACUCCACUCUUCACCUCCAUUAGUAAGACAGAUAUCCCGCCCAAAGAGUGCAGACCCUCCUCGCUCUCCUCUGCUCAAACGUGUCCAAUCAGCUGAGAAGCUUGCAGCCUCUCUUUCUUCUUCAUCCUCCUCUCCUUCUCCAUCCUCUGCUGCUGAUAAAAAGCUGCCAGUUGGUGCCAGCCGCAAACACAGUCUUGAUCUUGUUCCUGGGAAGAGUAAACUGAAAGACAAGCUGUCUGCCAUACGCCAGGAUCGCGCUGACCGCCGCGAGUCUCUUCAAAAGCAGGAUGCCAUCCACGAGGUGGACUCCUCAGAGGAUGAGACAGAUGAAGGGUCGGAAGAUAGCCAAGAUGGACGUAGGACAAGCUAUGUUCCUCCAAGCCAUGUCUUGAGGCCUACUACUGUAAUGGCCUCUCCCCAUACCAUCAGGAUGGGACCAGCAGCUCCACCAACACUGGGACUGUUGCCCUCAAUGGUUGCACCUCCAGGCUUACUUCAGCCCAGCAGGGGACUGCAGAUACAAAGCCAAAGUACCACUCAAUCUCAGACACAAACUUCAGCCUCACUGUCAAUGCAAGGUACCGCCAAGCCUCCAGAACAGAAUCCUACAACCUCUAUUGUGGCCCAAGGCUCCAGUUCAACACUAGCUGAAGAGUCAAAAAAGAAAGAGUCAAAGGCACAGGACUCUCAAUUCAGUGUAACGCCUUCUCCACCUCAACCCAGCCCUCUAUCCAGCACCUUUUCCACCCAUGGUAGCGCCUUUACCUCUGUCAGCAAAGACCCAUUUGUCAAACCCACAACACCUCCACUGGAUUCCCAGAGGACCCCCAAAACUUCUGAGCCCAGGUCCAAAACCAGUGGUAAAAUGGAUCCUAGCACUGCUUCUGGAGUGACCAGGUAUAUCCCUGUUGCUACCACACCAACUGGAGGCAUCACCAAGGAGAUGAAGGAGGCUGACAAUCGCAGACAGGCUGCAGCUGCCGCUGCUGCUACUGCCACUGCUGCAGCCUCUCCAUCCACUCCCUCUGAGAGGGGAAUGGACAAAGUCGUGUCUCAACUGGCCACUGUGGCUAAGAGUGUGCUUGGCCCUGUCAAACUCAACAUCCCAGGUACUAAAGAGGCCUCGGAGCGGACAAAGGACCAGCGUCCCCAGACAGAUCCCACCCACCCAAAGAUAAAAGAAUGUCGUCUGGAGCGUCCUGAUUCUCCUGACCGCUUGAGCCCAUCUGCUGCUUCUGGCUCACAGUCUCCACUGUUGACUGAAUCUCCCUCUAAACAAACAUCAUCCAAAUCUGAGCCAGCCUCAACUUCUCAGAGACCUUUAGAGGUCCCAGGGACUUCCAAAAGGCCUCCUCCAAACUCCCAAGCUGGGGAAGAACAUCGGGAUAGACCAGGGACUCCGAGAAGUGGCACCGCACCAAGGCCUAGGUCUGAAGCACAAUCUCAGGCCCAAGCAAAGCCUAGUUCCACUACUUCACGAGACAAAUCCAACAAGACAACGUAGCAGCCUUACAGAAAGACACAUUUUCUCCAGCUUUAAUUUAACUUGCCUAUGACA